AUGGUGUUUGGUAGUAUGAACCUUUCUCGAUGGAGUCUUCCAAUUGUUAUACUUGUGUGGUGGACAGAGCAAAGAGUAGCAUCGCUCGAGCUGGGUGCAAGCUGUACAAAUCCUGUAGGAGAAGCGGGCAAGUGCAUACUCUUCCGAGAAUGUCAACCACUCGUCAACAUCUACAAUAACCCCAUUACCACGCAACAAGAUACAGAGUUUCUCACGCAAAGCCGGUGUGGAAUGCUACAACGAAAAACAUUGGUAUGUUGUGCAGGGUCGAAUCAGAGAUCUUCUCUACCAGAGCCACCACAUUGCGGCGUACAACUCUCCGAUCGUAUUCUUGGCGGUCAGCUUACAGAAAUCGACGAGUUUCCGUGGACGGCGUUGAUUCAGUUUCAGAAACCAGACGGAAGCUUUGGUUUUCACUGUGGAGGAUCGCUUAUCAAUGAGCGGUAUGUUGUUACUGCUGCCCAUUGCAUCAAAUCGAUUCCUCGUAGCUGGAAGGUCCAUCGCGUUCGUCUUGGAGAGUGGGAUUUGUCAAAGGCUGAUGAUUGUAAGGAAGGCUUCUGCUCGGAUGCACCGAUCGAUCUGGACAUUGAGAAGAUUGUUGUUCACAAGAACUAUGACACGAAGGAUCAGAGUAAUGCGAAUGAUAUUGCGUUGAUUCGUUUCACCCGACCGGUUAAGUACUCUGAAACAGUACGACCUAUUUGUCUUCUGUUGAGCGAAUCGCUCCGUAAUCGUAAUCAUGUUGGACUGCCAAGUUAUGCUGCCAGUUGGGGUAAAACGGAAACGGCUGCAGCGAGUGAGGUGAAGUUGAAAGUAGAGAUGAACGUCACAAGCUUGCAAGAGUGUACACGAGCUUAUCAACGUGGAGGAAUUUUGUUAAAAGCGACGCACAUGUGUGCCGGUGGUGUGUAUGGCGUGGACACAUGCAGCGGUGAUUCGGGCGGUCCUCUGAUGCGUCAGAUUGCUGGUGUAUGGUAUCUGAUCGGUGUGGUCAGUUUUGGACCACAGAAAUGUGGCACAGCUGGUGUACCGGGUGUAUACACUAAUGUUGCUGAGUAUAUUGAUUGGAUUCGGGACAAUAUCUACUAGAAACGAUUGUUUGCGAUAUAUAGAGCUAGUGAUACUCGUUGGAAUAAGCGUAUAGAAAAUUGGAUAAAUUUGAUUGUAGAAAUAAAG